GUCCUAGGAGCCAUGGAUAUGGACCAGGAUGCUACCGGGGAGCACUCCGCCGGCAUCGCUGCCGUAGCUGUCGCCCCACCCGCCGCGCUGCCAUCCGCAGGCGGCGGCAGCGCUGGCAUCGACAUCUCGGCGUUGCACUCGUUCCUGGAGGACGAGCUCUUGGCCAACUUCUACAUGACAGCUGCACGCCGGGCCACCAGUCGCAGCCAGCUCCAGGCCUGGACAAGCGGCGCCCCUGGCGGGUGGGCUGACGUGCACUCGCUGCUGCAGCUUCUGGACUACCACCUGGACGCCGCGUCCCCGUGGGACUGCCUGGGGCUCCUCACGAUGGAAGGGCCCGCCCCUUCCGAGGUGGACAUCGACCGCCGCUGGCACCGCGCCAGGGCCUUGCUGUCCUUCUCGAGGUCGCCCGGCUGGCAGCAGGACGAGAAGAAGGCGGCCAAGGAGGCUUGGGAUUGUCUCGAAGCUGCUCAUCGACACUGCCACGAGUUGUUGCCCGGGGUGCUCACGCGCCGCCGUCGGGACAAAGGCACCGGGACCGACCGCUGGCGUGAACUUGCAGAGCCUGGCCUCACUUUCUUGGUCAACACGCCCGCCUCCGAGAACGAGAUGGUCGCCACCCAGCUCUCCACGGUGUCGGACCUCCCCGAGAAUCUGGCGGAGCAUCCACGGCUCAUGCCAGUUCCUGAGGCCCGCAGGUGGCAGGAGCGCUUGGACAAGGGCGCAUCGUUCUUCGAUCAGCUCCCCAGAGGAGGGCUGGUGGCAUGGGCGCCGUCUUCGCCGGCAGCCUUGGGCCGGCUGCUGGCGACCGUUCUGAAGACGCCCGCGGCCGCCUUUGCGGGCCACCCUCUCCGCUUGAUAGUGCCUAUGGCGGUGCUCCCAGGUUGCAUUACCUGCGGCGCGAUCCGAGACUUGUUCUGGCACCCGUUCAUGAGCGAAAAGUGGGCCCCCGUGGUGCGCGAACAGGCUUUCGUGGCCCAGCCGAUGCAGAUGGUCCUCUCUGCAGCCGGAGGCCCACUACAUACGUCCUGGGGCCUCUACAUCGUGACGGUGUCGACGCACGCGCCGCUGCAACUCCCCAGGGUACUCUCCGUGGCUGAGCCGGUGUUAACGGUAUCGCAGGGGCCGUCCUUCUUCGCGGAUUGCCCCUCGCUGCUCUUGCCAGAGGUCAUCCACCAGGUCCUGGCCGCCGGCUCCACCAUGGGAGUCAAGCUGGGGCAGCACUCGCGCAGCCCAGGAUCGGCCGCAGACGCGCCCAGAUCUAGAGUUGAGUUUCUCUUGCCAUUGCAAGGGACCACAGAGAUCGGGGUGGCGUUGCUCCUCUGCGAUCUUCGCAGCAGGCGCCUGGACAGCACGGUGCUCCUCGCCACCCGGUCCAUCUACAGCGAUAACUCCGCCUUGCUCGUGGAGCUCACGGGGCCGGCCGGUUUGUCCCGUGUGUCCCACCUUUGCGACGAGGCGCUCUGGCGCCGCGGCUGGCUACGAUCCACACUUCAGUCCAGCAGGAGGGCGAGCGUGGGCAACGCCGUCAGCCACUCCGUCUCGACUCCGGGCUGCGCGGCGCCCAGCCGCGGCGAGGGCAGCGCCGAAUCCUACCGCACACACUUCGGCAGAGCUGCUCGUCGAGGGAUGGGGUACGACCCCCACGCCGUCAUCGCCGCCCUCUUGGCAGUGAUGCGGGCUCAGUCUGGCCUGGCGCUGGCCCCGGCGGACACCGCUGCAGAGCUAACGCCUGGUACAUGGAGGCGCCUGGCGGAUGAUGAUCCCAGCCUCGCCCCAGGGCGGGUACGCCUGUACUUGCACUCGGCGGCUGAGGUGGCGUCAGUCACAGAGGGCCAGUGGUCCUGCCCUCGCGACCUCAAGCACAUCGACUUGUUGGGUUUUCCGAAGUCUUUCGUCGACAUGCCCACUCGCCAGCUGGCAGCCCAGGCGCGGGUCUACUAUAUGGGAGCGGCCAGCUCUGGGGGCAUGCGGAUCCGGGGGAGGGCUGCCGUGUUCCGCCAGGCAAAGCAGGCAUCGGAUCACAUUUUGCUGCAAGCAACUUGGGCCGACUGGUUCGCACGUAGUUUCACAUUUCAAUUGGACAGCAGCGCCGAACACGUUGAGGCGCUGGGGGUGGCCCGGGCGACGCUGGAGCGCGAGAUCCUGCGCGUCGACGACGCGACUCUGCUACGCCGACCUAUGACCAGAGAGCAGGCCCGCCGCGUCCAGGUAGCAUUUCAGCGAACAGCGGCUGCGUCGCUGCCACGGGCCACGACCCUCAACCUGGAGAUGCGGCUCCGACACAAGCUGGGCCGCUGGGCGGUCCCUCGACUCCCUCGAGUCCGAGUAGCCAACUGCUUGGCUUUCUUGCAGGCCCUGCGGAGGCGGUUUCCGCCGCGCGUCUGGGCUGCGACGUGGCGGACGCUGUGGGACGGAUGGGCGUCGAGCCGGCGCACGCAUGGCCGCAUCGGCCUAGCUGGCUGCAUGUUCCGUUGUUCACCAGCUGCGGCCGAUUCCAUCGAGCACUACGCGAACUGGCCGGUGCUCCACGAGGCUGCUGACGCCGUGCUACGCCUCCCUCGCCCAGAGUCUCCAGGCGACCGGCUGGCGGCGUUUCUGGGGCUCGACUACCGCGCGGGCCAUGGCCCAGAGAAAGCGGUCAAAGUGUCGAUCCACGCCGCGGCGGCAUACCGCACCCACUGCCUCUGCCGCCAUGGCCGGGUCAGCAGGGGCCCUGCUGCUCGGGAAGCGCUGGGGCAAUCAUUCCGGGAUGCGGUGCGGGGCCGCGGCGCCGCGGCGCGCAUAUACGAUGCUGCGCGCGGCUGGAAUUGA